GAAGCCAGGAUUCAUGCAUGUUAACAGAUGAAUUUAAGUAUAUGGCAGCAUGUAGCCAGGAGAAUGACUUUCAAAAAGUUUUCAUUGAUAAUGUUAUAGGUUAUGGGAUAUUCAGCAAAAAGGACUUUAAGGCUGGCGAUGCUCUAUUGGAAUAUCAAGGAGAAGUUAUUACAAGAAAGGAAGCAAAAGUUUUAACUGAAACUUAUAGUAAUAAAAACAAAGGGUGCUUUAUAUUCGAUGUUAACUGGAAUGGUAAAAAUAUGAGCAUUGAUGCUACUUAUUCAACUUGCAUGGCUAGAUUUGUCAAUGACUUCCCUGAUAGAUUUGCAAAUUGUCAGCCUAAGACAUGUAUUGUGAAUGGGACCCCACAUUUGUUGUUAUUUGCAAAAAAAGACAUCCCUAAAGAUACUGAAAUUAGAUAUGAUUAUAGAAAUGGCUCUAAUCAACACUGGAGAAAAUUAACAAAGUACGACCAACCAUUUACCAUUAGUGAAGUUCAUGCAUAUCUCCACGGACAGCCUUUGCAGAAAAAUCAAGUGCUUACAGCAUCUAUGUUGUUUUCAUCAUUCACUAGUCAACCUUUAGAGUUAAAGCAGAAUUCAAGUAAUACCAUUUCAUCUACUGAUGUGUUGAAAAAAGUCAGUUACGAUAAAAGGUAAGAUAUACUUAAAAUUUUUAUAGGUAAGAUAGCAAUAAAGAGUGCAAGUUAAAAUUA